CUAUCUCUCACUUUCUUACCUCCAGUAUAUAAAGACCACCGGUGCCAUUCUCUUUGCUCAUCAUCCCACAUUGAUUCUUUCUCACCUACCUAUAUUUAUAUAUUUUCCUCCCCAUUUCUCCCAAAAAAAAAGAAAAAGAAAAAGAAAAGAAAAGCCAAUGGCCUCCGGGUGGACUCCAAAGCAAAACAAGCUGUUUGAGAAUGCUUUAGCCAUCUACGACAAGGACACACCGGACCGCUGGCACAAUCUGGCCAGAGCCGUCGGUGGUAAAACCGUGGAGGAAGUGAAGAGGCAUUACGAAGUACUCGUGGAAGAUGUGAACAAGAUUGAAUCUGGCGAAGUCCCUUUGCCCAAUUACCCAAAAAUUGGAGGCACCAACAAAGCCUGCAAGUACAUGGAUGAAGAACAAAGGUUGAGGAGUCUGAAACUGCAAUGAAGGAUAUAUAGCAGAGUCCGAGAUGGAGGAAAUAAAUUGAAGAUGCUCCAGUUACUUUAAUUUACUUUAAUUCUAACGUAAAGUUCAGAGAGAGAAUGCAGUACUAGCAUGUGAAGGCAACGAGAAAUCAAACUGUGAUUUUUUUUUUUUUUUCGCUUUCUUAUAAUUAAUGUUCAAAUAUAUAUUAUCUUUUCAGCUGAACUCCUUGCUAAGAAAACGAAACGGGCCAUUUCCUUGGCUAAUAAAUAUCAAAAUGUUUGGCAUAUGCAAGUUUAUUUAGUUUGUUUUAAUUGAGAAAUUGCUAUUGUCUUCUUUCUCUCAUAA